UACGUUGCACGCCAUUGAAAGUGAUCUGUCGUCUUGUAUGCGUUUGUUGUAGAACAUGGCCUCGGUUAACAUAACUUCGGCUCUUAACAAAAUUGGAUUAACAAGGUUUGGUGGAAUAUUUCUCUGGCUGAUUCUUCAUCGACAGUUUGUCGCCACUACAGUACUGUGGACAAAACCAGCCCCAAGUUGGACCCAAACGGAUUCAAAUGACAUCAGAACAGUUGAUAUUCAAGUAUUGAAGGGCAGCACCCACAUACAUCUCAGUUGGAAUUACACUUUGUCAGAAGGUUCAGAUCUGAAGACAACAACUUUUUCCAUCAAUGAUGGCAGCAGCUGGAAUGACAUUGGAGUUAUAUACCAUGCUGACAAUGACAUUGUGAUAUAUAACAAAAAUAAUUACAGGACGCGAUUUAAUAUCAGCGAUAGUAAUGUGGCCACCCUGAUAUUAAAAAAAGUGACUGAGGAUGAACGAGCGAUUUUCCAAUGCAAGCUCUCCACGCAAAGUAACUCUUGGACCUACAGUAUUCUCGUGAAUUUUACAAAACGACAUCUGAAUUGGGUGGAGCGACCGUUAUCUGUUGUUGCUGUUGAACGUCACAACCUCACCCUUCGGUGGACCUAUAUGAAAACACUCGGCCUAGCGUCGUUAUUUCGAGGAGCAGAAUUUACUAAUCUUAGCAGCGGGGAAAAAACCAUUGCAGAGAAAGUGUUAAAUACUGCACCAAUCGUACAUACAGCUUAUAGACCUCGAUUUCAUGUGGAUUAUAUACAAGAUACUAUGGCGUCUAUAACAAUUGUUGGACUGAAAAGAUCAGACAGAGGAAGAUAUAGAUUUGAUGUUAAAACCCUCAGGGAGGACAUCAACGAACUUAACACGCUCUCCAGCAUCAUGGAGCUCACAGUACAUUAUGCGGCGAGCAUGGCCAAUGUUAGCGACCACCAAACUGUGCAAGAAGGAUCUUAUCUUCAACUGUUAUGUCAAGCAUUUGGUAAUCCAACCCCAAACAUAACGUGGACCAAAGUGCUUGAAAAUAGUAACGAUAGUAAAGUGCUGCAUCAUGGAACCCAUUGGAAUUUAACAAAAAUUAACAGAACUGCUUCUGGUUUAUACAACUGUACAGCUGACAAUGGAAUUGGAAAUCCAGUGUGGCGGCUGAUAAAAGUCAAUGUUACCUAUUCUGCUAAGGUUGUUAAACUUGCUAGCGAACAUCACGUUGCAGUACAAGGAAGUGUGCGUCUUCACUGCGAAGCCGAAGGAAAUCCUCCGCCUGCUUACACGUGGUUCCCUUGUGAUUCAAAGACCCAAGCAUGUCAUGAGAGCACACUUACUGUUUCCAACGCUCUUAACGACGCUGUGUACUCUUGCAAUGUGGCAAAUGUUUUGGGUAAUGAUACAAGAAAGACCAAAGUUGUUAUAGCAGGCAAUGUGAUAAAUGUGACACUUUUCAUCAGUGAACAGUGUCCUGAUGAAAAUUUAUCUGAAUCCGUGUUGUGGAAGAACCUCGAACAAAAGAUCGAGGACCUAUUUAAAAAUGAAGGAUACAGGAGCACAGAAUUAACAAAUUACAGGUGUGGUAGCGUGAUUGUUGAUUUGGCCUUGAAGUUCAAUUCCUCUGUUAAAGAGGAGAAGGUGCUUUCAAUGCUAAAAGAUUCUGCAGAGAAUGGAGGGCUGAAAGAGUUGGGUGUGAAAGCUUCAGAAAUAGUAGGUUGGCGACCCGGAAGGCCAACUGAAGGACCCAAAAGCUCAACGUAUGGCACAAAAACUACUGAAAAUGCAUCAUCCGCUGUACCUUCCGAACUCCCUGCUCAGAGCGGGGAUAACCAAGGUCUUAAAGAUUGGAUGAUUGCUGUUAUAGCUGGUGCUUCUGGUCUUGUCCUCCUCUUUGUCGUUAUAUUCUUACUUUGUUGGAUCAGUAAAACUCAGAAGAAGAAGAAGGGCUCCGGAGAUGAAGCCGUUGACAUGUCGACUACUUCGAGGUAUGUAAAGAAUGGCCCCCACCAUUCUGACAAGCCUAGCUCUAGCAGGGAAUCUAUUGAAGAUGAUCCAUUCAUUGCUGCGUCCACUUAUUCCCAGAAUUCAGUCGAUAGAAGGGACAGGAAGAGAGAUUCCAGUGUCAACUAUGGAUACCAACCAGACGAUUCAGAUCAACCACAAGGUGAAAUGCUGCUAAAAUCAGGCUCCCGUCUCCCCAAAAAUGACCGUCUUACGCAAAGUACAGGAGAGCUUGAUGUGACCUCCACAUAUUUAGCGAAAGGACCACAGAGAGAUUGCAGUACACUUCCCUCCUACCACAGACCACCCUCUUAUGAGGAAGCCUCGAAACAGAAAGAUCGAAUAAUGAUGACUGAACCAAGGCCGAGUACAUCCACAGGCGGCAGGCAGAAGCGACGGAAAAGUCCCCCGGAAGACAGGGCGGAAGAAGCCAGUGUAGCACCAAGUGAAAUGAGGUCUAAUCAAGACGGACAUAGAAGUGACAAAGACAAAGGACCUCUUGAUCCAACGGCGAUAUAUGCCAUGCCAGACAAGAAAAAGAAGUUGGAUAAACAAAGUCCUGCAUCCCUUGAAUCGGUUUUUGACCCUUUCAAAGCGAAGGACAAAUCUGCUAAAGGACCAAUUCUACAUAAUCCUGGUAACUUGGAUCUUGAUGGCCCCGCUAAUGCAUCUACAAGUGAGGGGCCAAGAAACUUAAUAAUCCCCAUUGAAAUGUUACCUAGCAACCGCCAAACGCCCCAAAAAGAUGAUACAGAAAAUGGAAAAUCAGAGCCUUCAUCACCUCUUAAUUUCACUUUGGAAAAACGUCCACGGAACAGUUCAAGCGGUGCUGUACGUUAUCAGCCGGAGCGGAGUAAACUGCCAUAUAGGAAUGUCCUUGGAGAACUUGUGAGACCAGAUACACUAUCACGAACUUCACAAGACUCGCACGACAUAAAACCAGAAACACUACCAAACCAGUCGAAACCCGUUGGGUCCCAGACUCACAGCAGGGAAUCAUCGGAUGCAAGCUACAUCACCUACGUGGUCUGAUGGCGCGGCAAUCUGUCUUCCAAACAGGUCACUAUUGUUGCUUUGAACCCGAGACAUCUAAUUAACUUCCAUACAACUAUCAAUAACGGCUAUGAGCCCAUCUGAGUAAAUAGCUUUCAGAGCUGUAGAAUGACUUCAUUCAAGGAAGACAACUUACGUCCACAUGGCCAGCCUUAAAAUUCCAUCUUUGGACCUGAUUCACUCAACUGGCCCGAUCUAACGAAAAUCUAACGAAAUUCAAAAAAGACUUAACAGUGAACUUAGACAUACUUAUGUACAAUAAAUUUACCGUGGGAAUAUUGCUUGCCAAUAUAUCCCACGUAAGUGAACGGUGAAUUUCAUAGAAUGGCUAAGUGCUGGUUACUGCUAAACAUUUCGAGUGUUUGCCGUUACAUAGUCGAAUACAGCGGCUUUAGGGUAUCACGUUUUUCAACCAAAGGGAUAUAUAUAUGUUAUUUGCCGGCUGGGAGGUCCGUAUGGUGAAAAACUGUGACCGAGGUCUUGAAAAUAUUGCCCGAGGCCGUAGGCUGAGGGCAGCAUUUUCAAGACCGAGGUCACAGUUUUUCACCAUACGGAACGACCCUUAGCCGGUAAAUAACAUAUUUAUUGUUUUAAACUUGACGAAAUUCUUUCCGAAAGAACCCGAAUGACUUAUGGCCGUAAAUACGGCAAGAUCUUCCAUAAACUGAACAAUUUUUGAUUGAGUAAAUGGUAGUUAAAAUAGAGGUGAUGCAAAUUUAAGAGAGAUGCCUCAGGGAACAUUUUCAUUUCCGUAACGAUAAAGGUGAUUUAAAAGGCUUCCAAACAAACUUUGAAACAUUAUUUUUACAAGUAUCUGUCACAAUCUGACACCUGUCAAUUAGAGAGCGCGCAAGAAAAAAAAAUCGUAGGAACAUUUGAAAACCAACAGAACUAGUUUGGCAAGGACUGUCACGACAAUGUUUUCUUAAAAAUCAGUUAAUGAUCUAACGGAAAGUAUUAUUUACCCUCAUCGACCAUUCAUUCAUGUACGAAGAUUUACCUCUGUUCAUUAAGUAAACGGCGAGGAAAGUAAUUGUGAGUAAAUUCAAUUUUUUAUUUUGAAGUUGUGAGAGUUUGCUCGUUUGUUUGCUGUAAUGGCGUGUUUAACUCUGAUCUUUCCUUCACAAAAACUAAAUUCGAACGGCACACUCCAACGAGACACAAGGGAAUUUAAUGCAGCCUUUUCUCAAUUCCUUCAAUUUCUGUUGUGCAAUUUAAGGUACAAAUGUCCAAAUUGAACGGAAUUGGAAAGACUCACCAGGAGCGUAUAUUU